GUUUAAAUUUGAACAAUAAAUUUUUACAAAACAAAAAACCAACUUUGAGAUUUUUAUAACUUUAUAAAGUCCAAAAGGUUUCACUCGAAUUUGCUUAACCAUGUCAACUCCUCAAGCUUGUUUGUUUUGCCGUAAAAUUGAGUGUCAUUCAGGGUCAAAGUGCAGCUGCUCGGUUUACCUUCCGCCAUUUUUAACUUAUCUGAAAACUAGUAAUGUCAAAUAUGAGGGUAAUUUUCUCCGCGAGGAUUUCCAUUGCUGUCAAGAAUGCGGCACUCGGCUGGAAAAGACUGCCAGACUGGUGCACAAAUUGGAGCGAAAAUUGCUUAAAAUUUACACCAUCACGUUCGAAAAUUUGGGUAAAAACAAGCUAAUCGAGGGGGAAGAUGUUCUCGGGAAGUUGAGAAGACAGAUUGUGGCUCGAUUUGACCCUUCGCCCGCUUUCGACUCAAUUUUUGAAGCACAUCCACCUCAAUUCGACCAAAUGUCGGAUGAAUCCCAAAUUGACGGAGCUCGAGUAAAAAUUUCUGAUGAUGGAGACGACAAUGACGACGACGUGGUAAUAAUGGAUGAAUUUAAAGCUGAAGAAAUGGACCAAGAAGAAAGUGAAAUCAAUGCGUACGACGUAUUGACCCUUGUCUAUGGAGAGGAAAGCGAUGUCCCGUUGCUCCGAAGUGACCACGAAGACGUUCCUCCCACCAAAAAGGAAACUUCGCCUACGCCCCCGUCGCCCAAACGAAUUUUGUUCGAACAAACAGCAAAUAAACGACGAAAGGUUGACGUUACCCUUACAAUCGAGAAGCAGGAUACCAAACUAAUAAACGUGGAUGCAUCAACUCCUCAAAAUUCUGAUUUUAAUGGCUCAAGAUCUUCGGCUAUGCCCCUACACCCGAAAGAGCACCACUUCCGCAGCAAAUUCGCAGCAAGCCUUGCAAUGUCACAGCGACACUAUAAUGACCCAAAAACUUCCCACUCGAAGGAGAACCACUUUCGCUGCCAUCAGUGUGGAAAGGAAUGUAAUUCUAGGGGCGCCUUAAGAAACCACAUAAGCCUCCACAACGCCGACCCGAGGCCAUUUAAAUGUGAUGAAUGCGGUAAAGCUGUGAGACAGAAAUCAAACCUGAUAAAGCACAAAGAGAUGGUUCACCUCAAGAGGAAGCCCAUCACGUGCCCAGAGUGCGGCAAAAAGUUUGGACAAAAGUGUAACAUGGUGUCGCACCUGAACGGCGUUCAUUACAGGAUCAUGCACCCUUGCCUCUACUGCGAAAAAUCAUUUGCGAGUAAAUCUGGUCUUACUCAGCAUGUGAGAAAAAAGCACGGCCCUCAGAAUCGCCCCGUUCUUGACCUGUUAACAGAGCCCAGCUUCUGACUAAAUAUGUAAUUUUUUGAUAAAAAUGACUAAAUCAUUAUUUUGGUAUGUUUUCAAGUAUGUAUGAAUUAAUAAUGUUAUUGUUACAAGUUUAUUCUUGGGUUUAGACAU